CUGUUCUAUUCUGCUUUGCGCUGUGCCCGUGAAAUGGUCAGUACAGAUGAUGGAUCUAAGAACUUGAUCCGUGUUGUCAACAACAGGCUCAGUGCACUAUCCUUUCACAUAAGAGAGUACUAUUGGGUUGAUAUGAAGAAGAUAAAUGAAAUUUAUCGCUACAAGACCGAGGAGUAUUCACAUGAUGCUAUCAAUAAGUUCAACAUCUACCCAGAGCAAAUCCCAUCCUGGCUAGCAGACUGGAUUCCUGACAAAGGUGGUUAUCUUAUAGGAAACCUACAACCAGCUCACAUGGAUUUCAGGUUUUUUUCUCUUGGAAAUCUCUGGGCGAUUGUUUCCUCUUUAGCAACUCAAAAGCAAGCAGAGGGUAUCCUGAACCUCAUUGAAACCAAAUGGGAUGAUAUAGUUGCAAAUAUGCCUCUCAAGAUAUGCUACCCUGCUCUGGAGUACGAGGAAUGGCGUAUUAUCACUGGCUGCGACCCCAAAAACACGUAAGCAACUGAAAUUUCUUCUGUGCCCCGUGUAUGUAUUCAGUUUGCGGUAUUUUCAGAUUCUGAUGUUUCUUAGAGCAACUCUAGCAGACCCCUUAAAG